GUGUGUCAUUAAUAUGGAUGGCUUAUUUACUGAACUUAAAAAAAGAGCGACGAGGACAUCAGGCGGACUUGCUUCUUCACUGGACAUCAUCGCUGACGUGGAGACAUGCCUCUGCGUUUGGACAUCAAGCGGAAGCUGACAGCUCGGUCAGACCGGGCAAAGAGCGUGGACCUGCACCCGACCGAGCCCUGGUUGCUGGUCAGCCUCUACAGCGGCACUGUGGUGGUCUGGAACCAUGAGACUCAGAUGAUGGUGAAAACCUUUGAGCUGUGUGAUCUGCCUGUCAGAGUGGCCAGGUUUGUAGCCAGGAAACACUGGGUCAUUGCUGGAGCAGACGACAUGCAGCUCCGUGUGUUAAACUACAACACUCUGGAGAGAGUUUACAUGUUCGAGGCGCACGCUGACUACAUCCGCUGCAUCGCUGUCCACCCCACACAACCCUACGUCCUCACCAGCAGCGAUGACAUGCUGAUCAAGCUGUGGGACUGGGACAGGAAGUGGACGUGCAGUCAGGUGUUCGAGGGACACGCUCACUACGUCAUGCAGGUUGUCAUCAACCCCAAAGACAACAACCAGUUUGCCAGUGCCUCCCUGGACAGAACGAUAAAGGUGUGGCAGCUGGGCUCCAAGACUCCCAACUUCACUCUGGAGGGGCACGAGAAGGGAGUGAACUGCGUUGACUACUACAGCGGAGGAGACAAGCCCUACCUCAUAUCGGGGGCUGACGAUCACCUCAUCAAGAUCUGGGAUUAUCAGAACAAAACUUGUGUUCAGACCCUGGAGGGCCACGCUCAGAAUGUGACCUGCGUCAGCUUCCACCCUGAGCUGCCAAUCAUCCUCACAGGCUCCGAGGACGGCACCGUUCGAGUGUGGCACUCCAACACCUACCGACUAGAAAACACGCUCAAUUAUGGCAUGGAGCGGGUGUGGUGCAUAUGUGGCCUGCCCGGCUCCAAUAAUGUGGCUAUGGGCUACGAUGAAGGCAGCAUCAUCAUCAAGCUGGGCCGGGAGGAGCCCGCCAUGUCCAUGGACUCCAGCGGGAAGGUCAUGUGGGCCCGUCACUCCGAGGUGCAGCAGGCCAACCUGAAGGCGAUGGGAGACACGGAGAUAAGGGACGGAGAGAGGCUCCCGCUGGGCGUCAAGGACAUGGGCAGCUGUGAGAUUUACCCGCAAACCAUCCAACACAGCCCCAAUGGAAGAUUUGUAGUGGUGUGUGGAGACGGGGAAUACAUCAUCUAUACUGCCAUGGCCUUGAGGAACAAGAGCUUCGGCUCCGCUCAGGAGUUUAUCUGGGCCCAUGACUCCUCACAGUAUGCCGUCAGGGAACACAACAAUGCAGUGAAAAUAUUUAAGAACUUUAAAGAGAAGAAGACUUUCAGACCUGACUUUGGGGCUGAAGGGAUCUUUGGUGGCUUCUUACUGGGAGUGAGAUCAAACAGUGGCUUGGCCUUCUACGACUGGGAGAAUGCCGAACUGGUUCGCCGUAUUGAGAUCCAGCCUAAACAUAUCUUCUGGUCUGACUCUGGGGAGCUGGUGUGCAUCGCUACAGAUGAGUCUUUGUUUGUGCUGCGCUACGUACAAGAGCGCGUGUCAGCAGCCCUGGAUUCCAAGGAAGAGAUGACGGAAGAUGGGAUAGAAGACGCUUUCGAGGUACUGGGGGAGAUUCAGGAGGUGGUAAAGACAGGGGUUUGGGUGGGAGACUGCUUCAUCUAUACCAGCUCUGUUAACAGACUCAACUACUACGUCGGAGGAGAGAUCAUCACCAUUGCUCACUUGGACAGGACCAUGUAUCUGCUGGGCUACAUCCCAAAGGACGACCGUCUCUACCUCGGAGACAAAGAGCUCAACAUCAUCAGCUACUCCCUGCUGCUGUCUGUGCUGGAAUACCAGACAGCCGUCAUGAGGAUGGAUUUCAGCACGGCCGACAAGGUUCUGCCCACGAUCCCCGUCGAGCAGAGGCCCAGGGUGGCCCACUUCUUGGAGAAACAGGGCUACAGGCAGCAGGCGCUGGCUGUUUCCACUGACCCAGACCACAAAUUUGAACUUGCUCUACAGCUAGGAGAGCUCGAGACGGCCCACCAACUGGCGCUGGAGGCAAAGUCAGAGCAGAAAUGGAAGCAGCUGGCGGAGCUCGCCACUACAAAGUGCCAGUUUAGCUUGGCUCAGGAAUGUCUGCACCAGGCUCAGGAUUACGGGGGAUUAUUGCUGCUGGCCACCACCUCGGGCAACGCGGACAUGGUGGGGAGACUGGCAGAGGGGGCGGAGAGCGACGGCAAGACCAACGUGGCCUUCCUCACCUACUUCAUGCAGGGGAGAUUGGACAAAUGCCUGGAACUUCUAAUCAAAACAGAUCGACUGCCAGAGGCUGCUUUCCUUGCAAGAACAUAUAUGCCCAGCCAUGUGUCAAGGGUUGUGAAGCUGUGGAAGGAAAGUCUGUCCAAGGUCAACAAGAAGGCAGCAGAUGCUCUGGCUGACCCCACCGAGUACAGCAACCUGUUCCCUGGCCUCCAGCAAGCCCUGCUGGCUGAGCAGUACCUGAAGGAGACUCAUGUCAGGGUCAGACCUGCUGCGGAAUAUCCACUCGUCACGCCAAAUGAGGAUCGUAAUGUUGUGGAGGAAGCGGCGGGUUUGAUGCCUGAGGGAGAAAUCGCAGUCCCAGAGCAAGUGUUGGGGAGCAUGAGUGAAACCCUCAUUGCACCAUUGGUGACAGAAACUACAUGUUCAGCAGCAGCAGCAGCUGCAGAAGACGAGGAGUUCGCUCCACUCGAACAGGAGCCUUCUGAUCCCGUUUCAGCAACAGAAGAGAAAUAUUUCCCAAACGCCCCUUCCCCUUGUCCCGUCACCAUAACAGAAGAACACGUUGAGCCAGAACAAGCACAGUCUGCAUCUAAUGAGGAGGAAAUGGCGGAGGAAGACAUGAUCGCUACAUCAGAGACUUCUGUUUCUGUGGAGGAAAGCGUUUUGCAGCAGUCUACCACGGAGAUGUCUGACAAAGAGCCUGACAUGGUACAACCAGGUCCUGUGGGAGCCGUCAGCUCGUCUGUUGAUACGGAUGUUCAGGAAACAUUUCCAGCAACUGACGCUCUACCUGCUGAUUGUGUCAGUGAAACAGAAACAGUAAGUGUGGCUGCAGCAGAAGAGGAUGCCCUACUUAGCGCCACUUUGACAGCUGAUGCCUUAAUUGCAUCAGAGGCGAGGGAAAUGGCCAAUUCCGAAGAAGUGGAGACAGAUAUCCACUCCUCGGUGGUAACACCCAUAGCGGACACAGCAGCAGAGGAAACAGAAGAGACUCCUGUUACUCAGGAACUUGUUUCAGAAACGGCUCCAUCACCCGUGACAGUAGAGGAGCUCAUCUCUUUUGAAACCACGGAUAAUUCGGUGCUGGAUGCACCUGUGCCAGUGCAAACCCUUGAAGCUUUGAUGAUCCACGAUCCACUGCAAGACUCACUUGAAGAUUCGAUGCCAGUAUUGAAGCCAGUCACAGAACAAGAACCACAACAAGAGGAACAAACCGUGACACUUCCAGUAAAGUCUGAGGACACGACGGAGCCUCCGGCUCUUUGCCCGGCUGAGCCAGAAGUACCAGCUCCAGAGACGGUGGCUCCAGAGGGAUCUGAGGAAUCAGCAGAGGACCUCGAGGAAGAGUUGAACGAUGAGGUCCUGGAUGAUCUGGAUCUGGAUCUGGACACUUUUGACUUGGACGAUAUCGACACCACAGAUGUCAACCUAGAUGAGGACUUUAUGGAUGAAUAGAAAAGCAAGGCAUUUUUUUUUUCAGUGACCAAAUAAGAAAAAGGGACAACACGAGGACAAGCUGUCGACAGAGUUUAACGCCUUUGAAUCUUUAUUAACAAGCAUCUGCUUUCUUGGUUGUGGGAUGGAAUAGUGACAUUGAGGUGUACUGUAACUUGAUAUUCUGAUACUUAGGAUUCCCACAUUAGUACUACUGCGAUACCAAGCUGUUUACAUGAUACUUCAAAGAAAGCAGAGCCAAGCUGCAUAUAAACGCUCCGAGUGCACAACCAAAGAGUAAAAGAGGUACAAAUGUAUAGAAGGGCAUAAGAGGAUUAUUUUAGACUGCUGUUAGCGACCUUUUAUUAUCAUUAUUAUUAUUAUUAUUUUUAGAGUUAUUGGUUUACAGAAAAUACCUAGUUGACAGAGUUGCCUGUAUUUUAUUUUUAAGUACAUUAAGCUCCAUUUGCGAACGCACAACGUCAUACAAAUAAAAUAUCUUAACACCUCUUUCUUUCCUCUUACCUCAAAUCACACCACUGUUGAUCAGUCAUUGAAUUAAACAGUAUUAUAGACAUUUCUAUAUGGGGCAAACCUUCUGACUUUUCUAUAUAUUGUAUGUUAACAAGCAAAGGACUAUUAAAAAACAGACUCUUGGUUC